AUGGCAAUGGAGCCACUGCCAGCGGCAGUGAUGGAUACCGUGUUUAUGGAAGGACUCACGUAUGGUCCUCCCAAAACUGAAGUCUUCCGCCAGAGCCUGUCGACCAUGGAAGAUGCAGUUAUGAUUGCAAUGCGUGAGGACUACUGUCAGCGUCAAGCAUGUGGUCACUCGAUCAACCCGAUGAAAGUAGUGACUGCUGCUACCAGAAUUCCAGAGCUGAUGGAUCUUAGCGCGGUCACUGUCCGUAGACAGCAAGUUCGCUGUACGGAUGUCAACGAUUCGUUCACAUCCCCCGUGUUUCUCCACGUGAGAGACGAACCUCGCAAUACGGCUCUCGUUGAAAUGCCCCCGAGUCAAGUGAUAACAAUAGCACGUUAG